AUGAAAAGCGGCGCCGGAGGAGGGUUCGGCCCCCGCCGCCCAGGGCCUGAUGGGGUUAAAAAAUUUGCGGCCGCCGCAAAGUUGCAGGAAGCACCCCGAGCAUCGUUUCCUACUUCUGCAAAAGCCCGGCUGCCCCGCAGGCGCAGGAAAGUUUUGGGGCGCUGGGAGGGAUGGUGCCUCGGGGACCCCCAGCGGGGUGGCGGUGAUGGAGAUGUCGCAGGGAUGCGGGUAGGGGCCCCCCCAGGACGCGGCGGCGAUGAUGUGACCUACAUUCGUGACAAGGAGGUCCCCAGCCCGCUGCCACCGCCGCCGCCGCCGCCGCUGCCGCCGGGCCAUGAAGCGGCGCAAGUGACAGGGACACGGUGCCCGCGGGCCAUGGCCAGCCCGGCACCAUGGCUGCGCUGGACACAAACAGAGCUGACGCGCUGGGAGGGAGAGGAGGAGGAGGAGGAGGAGGAAGAGGACGACUUUGGAAGGCGGAUGGACGAGGAUGGGGUCAUUGGCCUGGGGGAGGCUGCUGGGAGCCCACCGUGGGGCGACGGCGAGGACCUGGAGGAGGGGUCCCCGGCGGAGGAGGGUUGCUGGCACCCCUGGCGGGACCCGGCGGAGGAGGACGAGGAGCGGGGCAGCUCCGGGGGGGACGAGGGGCCCUGGGGGGCAGAGAGCGAUGGGGACCCCUACCCUGAGCUCUCCUACGAGGGCCGGUGGGGCUCGGGGUCCAGCGCCAGCCCUGAGCCAUCGCAGGACGGCCGGGCUCUCUGCCAGCCCCGCAGCUGCAGCACGGACCGUGGGGACACCUCGGGGCUGUCGGACGCCAGCCCUGGCCCUGCCACCCCGUCCCGCCGUCACCGGGGCUGGGACACAGCCAGGGAUGCCGGAGGGGGGCACGGGCAGGGCUGGACCCCGAGCCAGAGCCUCCUGCUGCACCUCUCCACCGAUGACCUCCGUGAUGCCACCGCCUGCACCCAGCCUGUCCCCGAGCCCCAGCCGGCUGGGGCUGCCCCCGGCACCGCUGCCUCGGCACCCACCGGGGAGCCCUGGGGCACCGGGACCCCCCCUGCGCCCCAGCUGCACCCCAGGUCCCGGCUGCCCAAGAAAGUGGCGCCCGCGGUGCCGGCCCCCAAACCUGGCCAUCAAUCGCCAUCCCGGAGCCCCCGGCAGCGGCACGCGGGUGGGAAGCAGGCGAGAGAUCCCUCGGGAUCGGGCACCGGCACGGGCGAUGGCACCCAGUAUGGCCGGGGGCGGCUCAACCACCCCCUGCCCGACCUCUCCAAGGUGGAGGCGCGGGUGAAGUUCGACCAGAGCUACCGGCCGCCGCGGGGCCGAGCCCUGCCCGCUCGCCCCAGGGCCACGGGUGGCCCCGUGGGCUUCAAGUCCCCGGCCGAAAUCGUGCGGGAGGUGCUGCUGAGCAGCGGGGAGGGCGUCCCCCCGCAGCCCCCCACCACCACCGGGCUGCCGCAGGAGUUCAGGUCCCCCAGGCAAGCCACCCAGCUGGUGCAGCAGCUCCAGGACGACUACCACAAGCUGCUGACCAAGUACGCCGAGGCCGAGAACACCAUCGACCAGCUGCGCCUGGGCGCCAGGGUGAGCCUGUACGCCGACCCGCCGCAGCCCAGCCGCAGCCUCUCGGUGGGCACCGUGGGCACCGGCUGCCGGGUGAUGGCCCUCAGCAUCCCGCAGGCCAGGACGGCCGCUUUCAGCAUGGCCCCGGCCCCGCCGUCCUCACCGGGUGCAGCUCCAGCACCGGGACCACCAGACCGGGCAGGAUCACUCCAGCCUCCCCCCCCUCCGCCCGGGGGGGGCUGCCCCACCUGCCCGGGGCCGUGCCGCUGCCCGGGGACCCAGCUGACACGGACACUGGUGGGACAGACCCGCAAGCUGCGGGCACAGGUGGAAUCCUUCGAAGGCUGGAUGCGGGCAGGGAGCCCCGCGCCUCAGGAGCAGCUCCAGAGGUUUAGGAAGCUGAAGGAUGCUCAGGACGCUCUGGAGCGGGCGUACCUGCGAGCCCGGCACCAGCACCCGGGGGCCUCGGGGGACUUCGAUCCCGAUCGGGCGGUGGAAGGGGAGAUUUUCCACCUGGGGCUGCGCCUGGAGGAGCUGAAGGAGCGGCUGGAGCCCGGGGCUGGGGGGAAGCUCCCCCCGCAGCCCCCAGCCCAGCCCCGCUCCCCACCAGCCCCUUCCCCACCACCGACCGCCGGCUCCCCACGCCCCGAGAGCCCCGCGCUGACGGAGGGUCCCCGGGGGACAGCGGGGGACAGCGAGGCGGUGACGGGGGGGUUGUCCCGGCGCCUCUGGCACAAGCAGCUACGAGUGGAGGAGGAUUUUGGUGACCUGCUGGCCCAGUACAAGCACUUCAAGUCCUUGCCGGAGUCGCUGAGCCUGGAGCAGCUGAGCGUGGCAGAGAGCGGGUGCCAGGAGGAGGCGGAUGGACCUGCAGCAGGGGACAGUGGCCCCAGCCAGGUCCCCUGCAGGACACGGUCACUAGAAGAGGUGGCCGACCUCGAGACCUCCUCCCUGCACCCCUCGGAGAGGAGAGCCGCUCUGCUGCCCCCCGAGGAGCUCCCAUGGCCAGGGGGGACACGGGGCCACCUGUCGCCUGCCACCGCUGAGGACCUGCCAGCUGUAGCCAAGCCCCUCCUGGGGCUCCCCGAGCCACCGCUGGCACCCCUGUCCCGCCGCAGCAGUGGGGUGGGCAGCUCUGCCACCCAGCACCGGCCCCGCAAGGAGCAGCGCAUUGUGUCACCGGAGACAGACAGUGGCUUCGUGGGCUCGGAGGCCAGCAGAGUGUCACCCCCCGUGCACACCCCUGAACACCGUCCCCCCGGCACCGGGACCCCCGGCUCACCGGGACCCUCCAUUCCCGUCCCCACGACCCUCUGUCCUCCGCGGAAGAGAGAGGUGACCCCGCUUCCCUCCAAGCCAGCGCUGAUGGGCAUCUACCCCGCGGGCAGGCAGAGGGGCACGGGGGGGCUCCGCCUGCCCCCCAGCACCCCUUCACAGAGCAGCUCCCCCCCCCGCUGGGCCGAGAGCGCGGGCAGUGAGGCGGGACCCGACGGUGACGGUGACGGCAGUGACGGUGACGGCACCCCAGCUCACAUGGACUCGGAGGCAGAAGGCAGGAGCUGCACCAGCACCGGCGGCCGCCCCCCCACCAUGGCCAGGGACCCGGCCAGCCCCCCAGCGUCCCCCGAAACACCAUCCCCCACCCCGCUGUCGCUCCACCCGGCUCGCUGCGACCUGCUGGGCUCCCGUCUGGAGCGCGACCAGGCCAUCCGGGCGCUGCGGGACGAGGUGUGGCGGCUGCGGCGGCGGCUGGAGGAGAGCCUGCGCCGCUCCCGCAGCUAUCCCGAGGGGAAAGCCGCCCCACGAACCCCCCCAGCCAGGAGCCAGCCGGCGGCCAGUGGACCAUCGUCCCCCAGGGACACAGCGCCCUCCGGGGAGCCGAGCCCCCCGGCGCGGGGCAGGGUGACCCCCAGGGUCGCACCCACGAGGAGGGGGAGGUCGGCGUCGCUGCCGCGGGACAGGCCGGCGCUGGACCUCAACCUUGGGCACGGACCCUCCGGAUCCCACCCCGCAUCCGUCUCCUCCGCCGCAGCCUCCGAGUCGGACCCCUCGCCUGCCGGGCCCCGGGCCCCCCCCUCCCCGCGGAACAGCCCUGGGAACCCCCCGGGUGCGGUGACAUUUCGGGGACAGUACACAGGGACACGGUACCCGGUGGGGACACCGCGCGCCCCCCCAGCACCCCAAGAAGAGCCAGGAGCCCCGGGAUGCCCCCGGUGCCGCGGGAACGGGACGCCAUCGGGGACGUUCCCAGACACCCUCGCUCCUCUCUCCGUAGCCGGCUCCCGGGCAGGGGAUGCCACGAGGCCGCCCCGGCACAGCACCCCGAGGAGGACACGCUGCCCCACCUGCCGCGCACCCACGGGUGCCCCCGCUUCUGGUGACAGGGACGGAGCCACACACGCGGAGCGUGGCCCCGGUGGCACAUCCCCCCCCAGCUCCCACGUCGGUCCCCGCGCCGAGAAGCCGGAGCAACCUGGAGUUUGGUACUUGGUGGCCAGCCCUGGUGCCACCCCCGCCAUCGGCUGCCUUGCGCCCGUCCCCCUCGUGCCUUAUGCACCCCCCCUGCUCUACUGCUCCCCAGCGGUACCUACCUCAGCCCCAGCCAUGGCCGGGGUCCCCCUCCGACACCCCGAGGGGCUCGGGGGGGCAGAGCAUCCCCCCCGGCCGCACGCCGCUGCCCACCACCGCUGCCUGAGGCUGGACCUGGAGGAGCUGGAGGAGCUGAACCGGUCCCUGAGCCGGGCCGUGGAGGCUGCCCAGGGCAUGAGGCUCACCACCACCCGCAUGAGCCGGGCGCUGGGCGCCGAGCUCAGCCGAGCGCGGCACCUGCGGGGCUCCUGCCUCUUCUGAGGGUCCCAAACCUCCCCCCGCCCUCACCGGGGGCAGGAGGAGGAGGAGGAUGGUCCCCCUCCAUCAGCGUCCCGGCGUUGGGUGCUCCCUGCUAGACCUGGGGACACCGGCGUUGGAGGCACCUCCACAGGGUCCUGCACCGGCUCCUGUCCCCAUCCCGCUUGCCCUAGACCUGCAUCGCUUGUCCCUCUGUCCGUCUGUUUUCAGGGCCACACAAGCUGCAGGAAGGGGGGGGACAAGACGGGAGGCAGAGGUGUCCCCAUGACCCCCACCCCGGGGUGUGAGCACAGCCCCGGCAGGAGACCACUGUCCCCUGGGACCGAGGGGGUGUCCCCCAGGGCAGAUGCCACCCCCAGCUGAGCACUUCUGGGGAUGCUCCGACUUUGUGCGGGUCCUCCUGCAACACAGGUCGACCCCCCACCUUGGCAGCUCUCUUUACCUGCGUGGGCAGAAAUACCCGCCAUUCCCUGUUCAUCCCCUUUCCCAGCCUUUGGGCAUCCUCCGGGGGCUCAGUGCUGGGGGUUCGACCCAUGUGUCCCCCCCCUGCUCUGCCCUUGGACUUGAACCCAGCCGGGUCCUCCCUGGGAAAACGCUUUGUUUGGGGGGGGGUUAUGUGAAUUUUUCUUUCUCCAAGGUAGCUAGUCAGCAGCUAAAUCGCUCUGUAAGGGUUGAUUGAUGAUAUGGAGUGUGUGUGUGUGUGUGUGUGGUGUGUAUGUAUAUGUAUCUAUAGCGAGAUACAUAUAUACGGGGUUUUUUUAAUUUCCAGCCUAAUCCUUAGGGCAUUCGAGGGUUUUUUUUUUUGGCCAUCCCUGGACGUGGCCGCCCACGGUGUCAUCCAGCCAGAACAAAAAAGAAAGUUUUGGGGUUUUCCUUGGGAUUCCCAGGGAAUUCGGGCUGGUAGAGGACAAAUCACCCCGUGAACCGAGGCAGGGGCAGGAUCUGUCCCUGGCUGGGGUGGGGGGGGGACGGAUGACUCUGCAGAGCCACUGUACCUGCAGGGGCUGGUUUUAUGAUGAAUUAAUGCUUAUUUUUUAAUGAAAUGGAUGUAGUGGGGGCAGCCCUUAGGGAGGGCAAGGUGCCCUGUGGGGGGGGGGACCCAUGUGGGACCUGCACCCUGUGCCCCCCGACAUGGGGCCGGCCAAACCCCCCCCCCUCCAUCCCCGAGCAUCUCAGCCCGCUGUGCCCCUGCCCGUGUUUAUGUGUAGGACCUACCUAAAGUGCCCGCGUCAAAGUUAUUUAUUUUUGAAUUUUUUUUAUUUUUUUUUUUUGGUACGAAACCCUAGGUUUUUUUGGGGGUGUGGCGGGGGGGGUGUGGCGGGAAUCACUAACACCCCCGGUGAGUAACUCAGGUCUAAAACCUCCCCAAGCGCCUGCAAAGCCACUGAGCCCAGAUCCUGCAACCGACCCGGGGCCCGGGGCGGGGGGGGGACAGGCAGGGGCUGGGAAUGGGGUUGCCCCUGCCCUUUUUGGGGGAGAGGGGUGGGUUGGGGGCACGCGGGGCCGGGGGGGGGUGGUUCAAGAAGAUUUAUGUCUCUUUGGUGGCAACUGCUCCUGUGUCCCAAGCGAGCCGACGGGCCAGGUCACGGCUGCGCUGGCCGGUGUGACGCCCCCCCCCCCGCCCAGGCAUGGUAUGUGGGGAGCGUAUUUAACUAUCCCAAAUGCAAUAGCUGGGAGCAAAAAAUGAUGGGUUUGUUGUUUUUUUUUCCCCUCUCUCCUAUUUUGUAACGCCCAGCAGAGCCAUUCGGCUGGUAUUUUGUACGAAGAGAAUCGCCUAUUUUUGAAGGAAAUAAACGCGGUUGCUCGGCUGCCGGGAUUUUCUUUCUUUUUCCAAGCCGUUUCCCGGCUGAGGUUUGGCCUCGCCACGCCAGGAUCUCUCCCCUGGAAGCUCCUGGGAUUCGGGGAGAAUAUUUUCCCCCCCGCCUCCCCGAGCCUUUCCCUCGCCCCCCCGCGCCAGCAGCACGGCACAGCCCCGGUUGCACUAGGGAUGGAGAUCGCUUUUAUUGAGUCACUCGAGUGCUUUAGUACAGAAGAACAGAUAUACAGAGAUGAUACAUGUUUGUGCUUCAACACUUUCAAACAUUUAGAUUCCAGUAAUUUCAAGGUAAACAAGUUCCAAGACAGACUAGAUUAUUAUUAUUAUUAUUUUUUUUUUUUUUUUAGGUUUUCCUUUUUGAUAAAU